UUUGUUUUUUUUCGGGGGUGUGACGUUUUUCUUGUUGUUUUUGUGCUAUUGUGAAAUAAACCAAACAAUUGUCGAGUUAAAUAGACACUGAUUGUUGUUUUGCGGCGCAGUUCGAACAACGAAAACCAAUUCCAAACAAAGCUUACGCCGGCCAAACCGCGAAAUGCAGGUGGAACCAGCCGACGUCGGCUGUGACGUCACGCAUCGCCAGCAGGAGAAAAACAAAACCAAUGGGAUUUUCUCGACGGCAGUCAGAAGUAAAAAAAACGGGCAACAGAACGGACGGAUCUACACCUCCACGCCGAAGACCUCGCAUCCAAAACUUGAGCACUACGUGGGCGUCACUGAACCCACGGAAAAGGGGCGAGUGGGCGUGGUGACCGCCCUAGAUCCGCUGAUCAAAAAGGUUGCCCUUCUCUUCGGGGUUCUUAUCGUUGCCUACAAAAGCGUCAUCUUAACCAUGCCAUACAUCACGGGCGAUUCCAUCCAGGUGCUGAGCCACCAGGUGCAGAGUAGGUGGAACGAGACCUUGGUGUGGGCGACCAGUCACCAGCUGGGCUCCAGGCUGAGUCCCCUGCUGUGUGGCCUUCUAGUGGCAGCUUUCGCGUACGGAAUUGUGUACUUAGACAGCGCGGUGCCCGGCGUAAAUCCGCCCUCGCCCUUUACGCCGCGCUCCAAGAAACGUUUUCGCGAGGAAAAGACUGCCUCGAUGCACUUGGGCUACUUGUGCGCCCUGUUCUGCGGAUUUCUGCCAGCCAUGAGCACAAUAUUGGAGAAAAUCUCGGCCAUCGAGUCGGAGAUGGCCCGAACCCAGAAGAACAAGGCCACCUCGGCCCAUUUGGGUCUGCUGAAGGCGAAGCUGGCCAAGCUGCGACGCGAGCUGAUUUCCCCCAAGGGAGGCGGCGGCGGAACCGGCGAAGCUGGCUUCGAGGUGGCUAAGACUGGAGAUGCCCGGGUGGGAUUCGUAGGAUUUCCUUCAGUGGGUAAAUCCACACUGCUCUCCAACUUGGCUGGCGUUUACUCCGAGGUGGCGGCAUACGAAUUCACAACGUUGACCACUGUGCCGGGAUGCAUCAAGUACAAGGGCGCCAAGAUCCAGCUCCUGGAUUUGCCCGGUAUCAUUGAGGGCGCUAAGGACGGCAAGGGUCGAGGUCGUCAGGUGAUAGCUGUCGCUCGCACCUGCAACCUCAUUUUCAUGGUGCUGGAUUGCCUGAAACCGCUUGGCCACAAAAAACUCCUCGAGCAUGAAUUGGAGGGCUUCGGCAUCCGGCUUAACAAGAAACCACCAAAUAUCUACUACAAGCGGAAGGACAAGGGCGGCAUCAAUCUGAACAGCAUGGUUCCUCAGUCCGAGCUGGACACGGAUCUGGUGAAGACCAUUCUAUCCGAGUACAAGAUCCACAAUGCGGACAUCACCCUGAGAUACGACGCCACUAGUGACGACCUGAUCGACGUUAUUGAGGGCAACCGCAUCUAUAUACCUUGCAUCUAUCUGCUAAACAAGAUCGAUCAGAUCUCCAUUGAGGAGCUGGACGUCAUCUACAAGAUCCCGCAUUGUGUGCCCAUCUCGGCCCAUCACAACUGGAACUUUGACGAUCUUCUGGAGCUGAUGUGGGAGUACCUGCGGCUGCAGCGCAUCUACACCAAGCCCAAGGGUCAGCUGCCCGACUACAACUCGCCCGUGGUGCUCCACAACGAGCGUACUAGCAUUGAGGAUUUCUGCAACAAGCUGCAUCGCUCCAUUGCCAAGGAAUUUAAAUAUGCGCUGGUUUGGGGCUCAUCUGUGAAGCAUCAGCCCCAGAAGGUGGGCAUCGACCACGUUCUCAACGACGAGGAUGUCGUCCAGAUUGUGAAGAAGGUUUAGACUCUGUGCAACGAUAACACUUUGAUUAUUUGAUGGCAUUUUUUAUUCGAAAAUAAAAAACGAAUGUGCUUUA